CCAAAAUCAAAACCCUGAAAUUGGAUGAACCAAACAAAUUCUAUUCUUUAAUCAUACGAUAUAGAAUUACAGACCGAAAGAUUAUUGAGUCGAGAGUGUGAGAGCAGACCAGGUCUUCGAUUGUUCUCAGUUCCACCAACUCCAUCGGUUUUUCUGUUCCCCGGAUUUCAAAAGUUCGAUUUCCCGAAAAGCCCCUCGCUUUUCUUCAAAUGUUACGCUCCAGAGGUAGAAGAUAAGCAGCUGAGGUAGCUGAUUGUCGUCUGGGAUCCAGCAAUGAUCGUCAGGACUUACGGCCGCCGGAAUCGUGGUCUUUCGAGGACUUUCUCCGACUCCUCUAGCGACGCCAUUCACGAUUCUUUCGGCGACUCUCUUUCUCAGGAAAGUUCUCAGGACCAGCUAUUUGGCAUCGCCUUCUCCUCCCAAGACUCUUCCACUAGAUGGUCCACUUUCGAUUCUGAGCCGUACGGCACAAAUUCCUCUCAAGGUUCGUUUUCAGCAAAGCCUAUAAGGUCUUCUUUUGACGAUUCGCUGACCGGAGGCAAUAGGAAGUCCAAGAAAGUCAAGAUUGACAAAAGGGAACUAGAGGCGUUUAAGAGUUCUCAGCCGGCGAUCCCGUCUACAUCGACUUUGAUGGAAGCCCAGGAGUUCGGGGAGAUGAUGGAGCACGUAGAUGAGGUGAAUUUCGCGUUGGACGGGCUUAGGAAGGGUCAGCAAGUUCGGAUCAGAAGGGCGAGUUUGAUUUCCUUGUUAUCUAUUUGCAGUACGGCGCAACAGCGGCGGCUUCUACGGACUCAUGGGAUGGCCAAGACAAUAGUUGAUGCUGUUUUAGGUCUUAGCUUUGAUGACUCGGCCAGCAAUCUAGCUGCUGCAACUCUUUUUUACAUUUUGACGGGCGAUGGUCAAGAUGAUCACCUUCUGGAAUCACCAAAUUGUGUUAGUUUUUUAAUUAAAUUGUUGAAACCAAUUGUCUCUAUGGCUGCUGAAGUAAAAGCACCGAGAAUUGGCCAUAAGCUUUUAGUACUUCGAACGGAUUCUGAUACGUUACAAAGUACAACAAAAAGACUGGAUUCCAGUUCUGCUGUAAUUUUUUCAAAAGUUGAAGAAAUUCUUGUAAGUUGCAAGGAAAUAAAAUCAAGAUGCAUUGACUCUGCCACAACAGAUAGGCCAGAACUGUGUCCAAAAUGGAUUGCUUUACUGACUAUAGAGAAAGCCUGCUUGACUACCAUUUCCCUUGAAGAGACAUCUGGUGCUAUAAGAAAAACAGGUGGCGACUUCAAGGAAAAAUUCAGAGAGCUAGGAGGGCUUGAUGCUGUCUUUGAAGUUGUCAAGGAUUGCCAUUCCAAUAUGGAGGGUCGUGUAGAGCGUGUUUCACUGUCUACACAAGAUGCCAGAUGUGAAAACUUUUUGCAGAGCCUGAUGCUACUUUUGAAGUGCUUAAAGAUAAUGGAAAAUGCCACAUUCCUUAGCAAAGAUAAUCAGAGUCAUUUGCUUGCAAUUAAAAGAAACUUAGAGGAUCGAGGGACCCCACAAUCUUUCACGGAAAUCAUAUUAAAUGUCAUCAAGAUCCUCUCAGGUCUCUUUUUACGCAAAAGUUCUGCUGCUGUUUUAAAUAAUGAGAAUUCUGCCCAUCUCCUUGACGGGUCUUGUCAUACAUCUAAAGUGUUUGUGGAGGCCGAUGGUGGAGCAAACAGAAAGAUAACUCUAUCAAGCGGUAAUUCAAAGAUGUUGUGCAACACCAAGAGUUCUUUAUCUGACAAGAGCUCCAUUAUAUCCCAAAACAUGAGGAUUGCCACUGCUAGGUUAGACAGUUCUUUAACUUCUGGAACUACUGGCACAUCAUUGGCAAAUAGCAAUUUAUCCAAGAUGAGACAAAGAUCUUCCACAUCUGGUUCAUCAAGUGUAACGUCAAGUGGAGCAAUUACAUUAAAUAAUCAACAUGUGGGGAAAAUUAAUGAUCUUGACUUUACAGAAGGUGGUGAGCUUAGCUUUUUGGAGGACCAGGAUCCUUUUGCUUUUGAUGAGGGUGAUUUUGAACCCUCUAAAUGGGAGUUACUUUCGCAGAAAGAGAAGAAAUCUCGGGCUAGAAAAGAGGUUGUCAAAUUUAGAGAUUUUGAGAAUGGAUUUAAAUCUCAGAUGAUGUUUGGUGAGAAAGAAUCAAUGAUACGAAGUCAUCACUCCAAUGAAAUUUCAUGCUUAACAUCCCCGAAUGAGGAGGGAUUCAUUCUAGUGGCUGACUGCCUUCUUGCUUCUAUCAAGGUUUUGAUGAACUUGACCAAUGACAAUCAUGUUGGCUGUCAACAAAUUGCUUCCUGUGGAGGAUUAGAAACUAUGUGUUCACUGAUUGCCAAUCAUUUUCCUUCAUUUUGCCCUACUUCAUCCACCUUUAAUGACUUAAAAGUACAUACAUUAACUCUCGGAUUUGAGCUUCAAAAUGACAAGCAUCUAACCGAUCAAGAGCUUGAUUUUCUUGUUGCAAUUUUGGGCCUGCUCGUGAACUUGGUGGAGAAGGAUGGUCAUAACAGAUCACGGCUUGCUUCAGCUACUGUUUUGAUACCUAGCUUACAUGGACUAGUAAAGAGUCAUAGCAACGUAAUUCCACUAAUAUGUUCCAUCUUUCUGGCCAACCAAGGAGCAAGCGAUGGAGUUGAGGAAGGGCAAUCUUCGCCAUUGAAUGAGGAGGUAGCUGUUCUGGAAGGUGAAAAGGAAGCAGAAAAAAUGAUUGUUGAGGCUUAUGCAGCGCUACUUCUAGCAUUUCUUUCAACUGAGAGCCAGGGCAUACGUGAUGCCAUUGUCGACUGUCUUCCAGGUCACAACCUAGCAAUUCUUGUGCCAGUUUUGGAGCGAUUCGUGGCAUUUCACUUGACAUUGAACAUGAUUUCCCCUGAGACGCAUAAAGCUGUAACCGAAGUGAUCGAAUCAUGUAGAAACUCCUGAUAAUUGAAGCAUGGAGAUCCUGUAAAUUCUUAACCCUCCUUAGCCGGAUUGCUUAUCUUUAAUUGAUACCAUAGAAAUAGAAAGCUGCAACAUACUGAAGAAACCAGCGGGCUCAUCGCUUAUGUUGUUGUCUGAUUGACCAUUGUUCUGUACCUUUUUUCCACCAGUCAGGGUUUUCUUCCUUCAUAAAAAUUUUCUCAAGAGUUCUAUCUCCACCCAUAUUGAGUUCUGGAUUUCUUCUUCUUUUUCUUCUUUUUGGUAGCCUUUCUUAUCUCUACUAUUUUCUUCUCCUUUUCGUUUACACAACCAUUGUAGUGCAUGGUAAGAUGCUUGUAUACGAAAACUAUAGUGGAAUGAAAUCAUUAUUCAUUUUCGAGUUUGUAAUUUAUAUAACCCAUUUCUUCCUUCA